GGCCGAGGAGGAGGACAGCACCACAGGGAGCAGGGUCACGGCGAAGGCGGCAGCGGCAGCGGCUCCAAAGGCGACCGGGCUGCUUUCAAGAAGGAGAACAUCCUGGACCUGAACAAGUAUUUGGAUCAGGAGAUUAGGGUCAAGUUUACCGGUGGACGGGAAGCCAUCGGCACCCUCAAGGGCUUCGAUCAGCUCAUGAAUCUCGUCCUCGACGAUGUCCGGGAGACCAUGCGCGACGACGACGGCAACGUGACCACCCGCCCGCUGGGUCUGGCCGUCUUCCGGGGCACCGUCAUCGCCCUGAUCCAUCCCAUGUCCGGAUCCGAGGAGAUAAAAAACCCUUUUGUCGCCGAUGAUGAG